AUGGGUGGAUCCCCUUUGUCCUGCUCAAAGAUGGUGGAUUUCUUCGCCCCACGUGUAGAAUGAGUCCCUUGGCUCCACGACCUUGUCGAUGAAGGCGUGUUAUGGCAUGAAGACCCCGCCGUUUUGAAAUGAACAUGAAAUGUACGGCUAGUUUCCAAAAUCGUACCCAUGGACAAUGGCUUCAAUUCUCUGUCGCUUGCUCUCCUUCACCGCCACCUCCGCAGCUUCCCUAUCCAGGGGCCCAAUCUCGCUCCUCUUUCUCAUCUCCUCCACCGCCUCCAUCACCUCGCUGGAGUCAUAGCCUCCGCCAAUAGGCUUUCUCCUACUUUAUUCGUCAGGUGCUUGGGGACCACAUCGACGACGAGGUCGCGGCUCGAUGAUGGGUGUGACUUCACGAUGUUCAUGCUCUCAUGUGAACCUUUUAUCAAUGGCCGAGCAGUACCAUAUGAUCCCACGUACGUGAGGUAUAGCUCCAGUUCCAAACCAUUACCGAGCUAGAAGAGAGGGACUUGCAUGACAUGGGUACACGGUAUGAUAAGUCUUGUGGGCAAGUUGUAGAUAA